AUGUGGGGCAACAAUGACGAUUACAGUGAUAACGGUGAACCCGUAAAACUAUAUGUUCCCACACAAGGGCCGCCUAGAAAAAACAGUACGGCACCAAUAGAGUCCCAUAUCGGUGGAGUUGCAUUUUCCGAGUUGGGUCCGGCUCCAACUUGUCAGCAUUGUGACGACAAUAUGAAGCUACUCGUACAGCUCUAUCGCAUAGAGAACCAAAUGGAAAGAUUUCUUACUGUCUACGGAUGUCCGCAAUCGGCAUGUUUCAGCAAGCUAAAGUUCGAAAAUGGAUUUUCAUACGGAAACGGUGUCAUGUCCUGCAGAAUGUUGGUGAGACCAAUCCGCGAAAAGCCCAAGCCAUCUGCACCGGCGGCACCAGUGAAGUCGUCAUGGUAUAGUGAUGAUGGAGAUGAUAUGGAUAAUGAUUGGGGUGCAGAUACGGGAAGUGACAACGACGUGGCCGAUUUGGAGUCGAAAAUUGCGGCCAUGGAAGCCAAUCUAGAAGAUGGUGCCAUGCCAAAGAAGGAAGCAGCAGCAGCCAAGACCCCAAAAGGCACUGUGCCAACAGCCAAGGUAUCCCCCGAUAGCUUCCCUUGUUACAUGCUGAACCAACAAGUUGAACCACCUGCUCCUAGACAACAAAUUGAAGAAGACGAUGUUGGUAUGGGUGCGAGUGACGAUAAGAUUCGAAACAUGUUGGCUCGGUACAUGGCCGAAGAAGAGGAUGAAGAUAUUCUUGCUGCACUCUCUGGAACUGCAGGUGGAGGAGGUGGUGCUGGUGGUGAAGCUGAUGAGCGACUAUCCGAAGAAGAUCGAAUCCUGCUGGGCUUUCAGGAUCGUCUGCGGAGAGCUCCUCGACAGGUCGUUAGGUAUGCUCCUGGUGGCAUCCCAAUGUGGUCCAUUCCUACAGAAGCUCCUACUGUUCCAUCCUCUCCUGAUGGAAAUCCACGAUCUUUUGAAUGCCAAUUGUUGCCACCGCUUUUGCUCACACUGAAUGUGGACAAGUUUUCGGGAGCCGAGCAGUCAGAGUCGGGAAUCAAUGGCAUGCUUUCCGAUGGUAUGAAUUGGGGAUCAGUGGCUGUCUUCACUCGGGCCAACCCAACGAGUGAAGUGGAAACAGAAGAAGUACUUCUUAUCCAAAAGAGUGUUGAUGAAAUGAGCGAGAUGCAAGGACAGCCAAAGAUGGACUUGGAGCCAGCUAUUGCGGUUGUCGAAGAUAUGGAUGAUGAUGAUGAAUUUACCCCGGAUGCUUAG